AUGAUACUUUCCUCUUACAUCUUCUCAAUGACAGAAACCCUCCCUCCCCCCCCUUCUAUCCCUCAUCCUCAUUCUCCGGAUCACUGCAAACCACAACAAACCAAGAGGGCAAGAAAGUAUGUCCCCCACUACAGCCCCGGUCCCAGGAUAUCACAAAAGAUGGGCGAGCAAGAAUGGUUCCAGGGACCACUAUCGAGAUUCGCGCCCAGGCCAUGUCUACAGAAUGUAGACGUCAAGAUAUUCCAACCAACCGCCCCUUAUUCGUAUCGUACGGGAAAAGGAAAAAAAAGCAACCCUCCUGCUAACUUUUCCGCCCAGUUAGGAUCUGCUAUUUCCCCCCGGGGUGUUCUGAUUAGUUGAGUUUGAUAAGUCGUUAUCUAGCAAGAAAUGUACUGUACUUUACAGUACAACCCGCCUCUAGUCCGUACUCGAUAAUCUCUGCGCUUUCCACCCCCCGUGUAGGUUCCGGCUACUUACCCCCCCUCCCCCACCGAGCACCCGAAACUGCACCAGGCCUGGGCCCUGGCGGGCUUGUGCCGUGCGUUGGAUGCAAAAUGUACCAAGGCAGUAAUACUCGAGUAGAGAGUAUGGAGCAAGAUGAAAAUAAUUCAUGCAGUGUCUACAGUCCACAGAACCUACCGGGAGCCCUCCCUGAGACCCGAGAGUCCCCGGAUGCGGCGACAUCACAUACUAGAGGAAGAGAGGAUGGGCCAAUUGUGAUAUACGACAUUGCCAGUAUCCGAACCCGGGUAUGUACGUACUCGUUCACGUCUGCUUGCUCAUAGCAAUAUAACACACUCACCAUCGAUGGUAACCCUACUUCUUACUUUCUUUCCUUUUUUCCGAUAGUAAUCGCUCCGGGGAGAAGGUGUACGAGUACUCGUGUUAGCCUAUACCAAGCAUACUAAAAGCGCACGGCCGAUUUUUUUCUUGCAAAACGCUCCCUCUUUUCCAACCUUCGUAUCAGCCAAGAUACCCUCCGCUAUCUACUCAGUGGCAUUAUUCCAAUCCUGGAGCUCCUCUAAGACCAUGCACGUACUCGUACUUCGAUCCCAAUAGGCGAUGUUUUGGCCGCCUUCUUGGAAAAAAAUAAGGCGGUGAAUACAGGCUGAAAUCAUGCCUACAUGCUUUUCUCUGCCGAUACCCAUGCUAGGGGUGCCUACCUGCUAGCACAGUCAUUAUGUACUGUAGCUUUGAUAUACUCGAGUACUGUGAUUGUACCUGUGCACAGACUUUGAUGGGGUUGGUCCCUCUUUCUAUCCCCCCUUCCAUGUGUUCGAGGAUUAGUAGGAGUUUUGUCUUUAGGGUAGCGGUGUUACAAAACGGCGCUAGUAUGAAGAGCACACACAGUUAGGAGAACCAACCAGUUCCCCUCCCCCUACUCACCGUAGGAGCACUCCAAAACGGCUUUCACUUUCGUUCUUGUAUGGGUGCCGCCGUACGGGAGUGAGCAAGGAAGCAAGUUAAGGUCCGAAGGUUUCCUUGAACCGUUUUUUUACUUUAUUUCGCAUUUUUUGGCUCCAGCGACCAACAACCUGAACGACAUGUCAGGGUUUUAUGGAAAUCGGACCACCUCUCCAGCAGUAUGCGGGAGUGCGGGAGCUCUCAUAGGCAUGUCCCCUAUCUUGCCCAAGCCUUUAGUUGGACCUUCCGGGAUCGGGAGCAUUCCCUAGUCGAUAGCGGAGAUUUCGCCCGCUAUAUCAUGAUCGAUUUUCAAAAAUAAAAAUUAAAUGAAGUAAACCACCAAGUUAGUUGUACAAUGCGAUUUAUCGUAUUAGGAAAAGGAGGUCUAACAAUUUCUGAAAGCCGUGGAGCGGCGCCAACCAUCAAUUGAGGUGCUUUAUGUACAG